GACGGUCCCUGAAUGCGGCUUACGGUUUUGGUUACACCUCAAACGGUUUGCAAGAUGCUAAAGGAAAAUACGUUAUUUUGGUACCAAUGUAAAGAACAACACGUCUUUGAAAACGCUGUAUAACAUAGCCGGCUCAUAAUGGACGAAGAAGCUAAAAUGCCAACCAGAUGCCUGUUGGACCUGCCCUGGGAGGAUGUGCUUGUUCCACAUAUUUUGUGCUACUUGCCACUUCAACACCUCGUCAGCCUGCAGAGGGUGAGCAAGCAGUUCCAGAGCCUCAUCCAGGUGUACCUAGCCAACUGCAGGACUUUUGAUCUGUCCCCGAUUGGACCAUGCAUUCCCAAGGAAGCUUUCUGCACCAUGUUAAAGGACAAUAAAGUUCUCCAGAACCUGUCCCUGCAGAACUGUUCAGACUGGGUGACAGACCAGGAGCUGCUGCCAGUUAUCGGCCAGAACCAGCAUCUGCAGAAAGUAGACAUGAGCGGGUGUGCUUGGCUCACCCGCCACUCCAUGGUGGCCGUGUCCUUGAGCUGCAUGCACCUCCAGCACCUCGGCCUGGCGCACUGCGAAUGGGUGGACAGCCUGUCCCUGCGCAGCCUGGCUGACCACUGCGGGGGGCUGCAGUCAAUCGACCUCACCGCCUGCCGCCAGCUGAAGGACGACGCCAUCUGCUACCUGGCUAAGAAGUGUUUGCAGUUGAAGUCUUUAUCUUUGGCAGUCAAUGCCAAUGUUACAGACGAGUCAGUGGAGGAGGUGGCCAAGAACUGCAGGGGCCUGGAGCAGCUGGACCUGACAGGUUGCCUGCGGGUCAGGAACCAGUCCAUCAGGACUCUUACAGAGUAUUGCCCGAAGUUGCAGUCCCUGAAGGUGAAUCACUGUCACAAUGUGACAGAGUCGAGCCUCGAUCCUUUACGGAAGCGCAACGUAGUGAUUGAUGUCGAACCGCCUCUGCAGAGGGCACUGGUACUUCUUCAGGAUGUACUGGGGUUUGCUCCCUUUAUCAAUCUCCAGAUAUAGCCAAGGGGCAAUCUGUCUGUCCAACAAGCGCACACAGGUGUCUUCAUAACAGCAGCCACUUUCAGCUGCAUCACAUGGACAUGUGAGUUGUUAUGAGAACUGUCAGGAUAGUUUAGAAAGACCUGCUUUUCAGUGGCAAAAUAAUUCGGACAAAAAGAAAAUUCACUAGAAGUGAGUGAUGAUCCAUAUUUAAGAUGGAACUGACAGUGAGUCUAGUUUUGCAGAUGACUGAAGAAAGCCAUGUACUUUUAAGAAUUGCUGCCUCAUGUCCAAAAGAUGUCACUGCACUAUUCCUUAAUCAUUUAAUGUUGUAAUAUUGUGGCUUUACAGAAAAGCAAUUCAAACCAAAGUACAGUGUAUUGUUUUGUUGUUUUUUUUUAAACAAAGUACAAAGCAAUUAUGUUUCAUUUGGAAACAUUUCAAAAUGUUUGAGUUUAAUUAAACAUUUUAUUUUGCAUGUACUGUAUGUGCAAGCUUAAAGGGUCUAUUCAUACAAAGCGCACCAAAAUAUUCUAUCACUUUCCAUUACUUUUGUGCUGCCAUUGGUUUUAUCUGUUUUAUUAUCUUUACUACUAUCUAGACUUCUGCUCUCACCUACAAGCAAUGAAGGUGAAUGCAGUUUUGCUUGUGGUUCUGACCACGUGUCUUCCAGAAACCGUGGUUGCGGUCGAAUGAUUAGAAAAAAAGUUCUCCUGUCUUUUUCUGAAAUGCUUUUCCUUGAUCUUGAUGGAAAAAGUCAUGAAGUCAAGAAAAGCAGGAGAAUUCGCACGGACUUGGGAAAUACAACCAUGGUGCUGCGAGGAUUGGAUCGGACUUAAUUUUGCAACGCCGGAUGUUUUUGACUGGGAUCUGCUGUGGUGAGAAUACAAUGUUCUGAAGAUGGACUAUUUAAAGCACAUUUUCGAUACUGCGGGUCAUGUGUUCGUAUCUUUCAUGAAGAUACAACAAUCCAAUGACAAAUAUUACGUCAUUCCCAAGGAUGGACUUAAAAUCACAGAAGGAAUUUAAAUCUCAAGUGAUCUAAAAUGGUUGUGACGUUGACAGUGGUUGCUUACACUCACCCUUCUGUCCACAUAUAUUUAUCACCAUGAAUUCCAGUAAUUAAGUGUGAUUGUAUGAAAACGAUUUAUGCAAGACAUAAUUGGUAAUGACUACAAAUCAGCUGCUGUACAUAUCAGACUUACAUUGCAAUCGUAGUGAAUUAUCUGAAUAAAAGUGACCCACAUCUGUUUUCCUUGAAAGACAGACUCCUUUGUCAUGGUUAAUCAAAGAUAUAUAACAGAUUCUGAUCUGAUUGUAAACCUAUGCACAUAAAGGAUUCAAAAUCACCUCACAACUUGGUGAAGACCUGGAAUGGUCUGUCGCUGCAAGGAAUUAUGGGGCAGAAUUAUCUCUGUUGUGAAGGAUGGUCUAAUAUGUUCUACACUAAAGGAGACUUCAAACAGUAAAAGCACCUUUACUUAUAAUUUAGAAAAUUCACCCAGCUCCUAUCACGGCUGCCAUUUCUGGGUUAUUUCACUCAGUUAAAACCCUCCUAAGAAAAAAAAAAGACUUCAACUGCAACCAGUGUCCUAGUUCCUCAGGAUCAUCCAUAGACCUCACUGUUUUUCUGCAGUUUCUCGGUGACAACUCUGAGAUUGUUUGCAUGGCUCGAUGUACCCAGAGAUAAGUGGACAAAUAUUAAUGUUUUGUGAUGUGAGUGAAGCAACCCUUCAAACCACGCUGUUAAUUAAUGCAUAGCCUUGUUUAAAAUAAGUAUAAGACUGUUUCCCUCAUCGAGUCUCCAGAAGGAAUUUUGUAAAAAAAUUACCUGUUGAAAAUGCUGUCGCCCUGUAAUUCAGUAUGUGAGUUAUGUAAGAAACAUUAAAGUGUAAAAUACCA